AUGUCUGCUCCAAACCCAAAGGCCUUCCCAUUAGCCGAUGCUGCUUUAACUCAACAAAUCUUGGACGUUGUUCAAUCUGCUGCCAACUUGAGACAAUUGAAGAAGGGUGCCAAUGAAGCCACUAAGACUUUGAACCGUGGUAUCUCUGAAUUCAUUAUUAUGGCCGCGGAUUGUGAACCAAUCGAAAUCUUAUUACAUUUACCAUUGUUGUGUGAAGAUAAGAACGUCGCAUAUGUUUUCGUCCCAUCUAGAGUUGCUUUAGGUAGAGCUUGUGGUGUUUCUAGACCAGUUAUUGCUGCUUCUAUUACCACCAAUGAUGCUUCCGCCAUCAAGACCCAAAUUUACGCCGUCAAGGAUAAGAUUGAAACUUUGUUGAUUUAA